AUGAGGAAGGACGGGCUCCACUGCUUCGACGAGAAGAAGUGCAAGCUGAUCGACAUGAUUCGCUGGGAUGAGUUCGCUAUUUGCUACCCAUGCUGGGCGCAGCUUAUCGUCAUGAUCACCUGCGGUGUCGCCGGCAUGAUGGUCACAUCGGUAUGGAUGCCAACUUUGGUGGCCGCAUCCAUCCUCCAUGUGCUCCACCGUCCCCUCCGGCAGCUCGAGGCAUGUGGCAAUGAGAUGGAUGUGCAGCGUCUGAUCCAUGCCGACCUGCGAUUCGAGAAAAUCGCCGCCGCCACCCAGCAAGCCAAGCCCGCUCCGCCGCCAAGUCCC